CCAAUUUCGAAUUUUAGGGUUUUUUCGAGUAGAAAAAUUCAGAUUCGAGAAGUUACAGGCCAAAUUAGACAAAAUGGUUUGGAUAUUAUUGAUCCUCGUCUCAAGACGAAGAGAAUGACAUUGGUCCCGCCGGAAUCGGAAAAAGUUCAUUUUCCGGCGACUUUGACCGGCGGGCGGCAGCGGCGGGGCGUGGAAGAAAAGAAAAGAAGAAAUGGGGUCAAAUUGAAAAUUUUAAAAUAUAUAAAAUUCGAAUUUGGCCCUAAUGACCGUUAACCUAGAAACGGGCUAAUGGCUCAUUAGUGAAAGGAUUGUAAACGCUACAGUUGUUCCAACGGGCCGCGUGUCUACCAAUUAAAAUCAGAGUUGAACUCUCUCCGUCAAAAGGGUCAAAGUGUUGUUUCUUAUUACAAUCAAUUCAUUACCUUGUGGAAUCAAUUAAAUGGUACUUCUGAUCUCACUGGGGGCUGUCACACGUGCUCGUAUUGAACGUGACAAGACCGUGGAUUUCUUGCUUGGUUUGGAUGAUGAACAAUUCAGAAAUAUUCGUUCACAGCUUAUUGGUACAGAACCUGUGCCCGACCCUGACCGUGCAUAUUUUUUGGUCACCCAAGAGGAGCGUCAUCGCCACAUUAUUCAUAAUCGAGAUGAUCGCACGGACUCCGUUGCAUUUGUUGCCAGACCUGACAAACGCCCUCCGGGUCCAAGCAGAUCCUGUUCGCAUUGUGGUCGUACUAAUCAUAGCGUGGACACAUGUUUUGAGCUUAUUGGAUUUCCAGCACAAUUUGCUCGUGGUGGAGGACGUGGUCGUGGCAGUCGUGGUGGCUCGUCGUCAGGUGGUCGUGGUGGUCCUCGGCAUGGCAGCGCCUCUCAAGCUCCUGCCGGCAGUGGGCAGUCCGUCCCAGGCAGUGGCAGCGGCGGUCAGGCUGCAGUUCAUGCUUCCGUGUCGGACUCAAGUGGCAAUCUCAGUGAUCAAAUGUCCCGCUUGAUGUCUAUGUUAGAGGCCUCGGCAUCUCAUGCUUACACCGAGUUAUACAUUUUCAAAAUAACCAUGAUGCGCUCUAUUAAGAAACUCAUCAGCACUCCACGAGAUUCGGGCCCUAUGGUACCUGUGCCGAACACAACUUUGCAGGACCAGGAAUUUGAAAAGGAAAUUUUUAUUGAUCCUGUUAGUGUUCCCGAUGAUGAUCUAAUUAUUGAUCCCAUAGAUGUUGUUUCUGUUACCGUUACUGAUAUUGUUAUUAAUGUUUCUGGUGACGAUCAACGAGACCACACUAUCCAAGCCGAAUAUUCUAGAGAUGGUGUCAUUUUUUAUGGAUGCACGGAAACCAUUGGCACUUCAGAAAGUGACAUUGUUGUCCUUUAUGAUUCAGGGGAUGUCACGCGUGCUGGCAGGAUUUUCUUCUUAUUGGUUCUAUGGAGUUGUUUGCUUGGAGUUGUGAAUGCUUUGAGCUUGACCGAUUCUUUUGAUGCUCCAAUCAUUAAGGAACUAAAAGAUCAAAUGGCAUCAAGAAUGUUCAACGCGGGAGUGAACGAGGGACAAUCAACCACGAGGCCACCGUUGUUUGAUGGAACCAACUACUCGUAUUGGAAGGAGAGGAUGAGAAUCUUUAUCCAGUCCAACGACUACAAGCUAUGGUUGAUUGUGAAGAACGGCUGCGGAGUCCCUAUGAAGAAAGUCGGUGAAGUCAAUAUCCCCAAAACCGAAGAGGAGUUCACCGACGAAGGUUGCAAAAAGAUGGAGCUCAACGCAAAGGCAAUAAACAUGAUUUAUUGCGGUGUUAAUGCAGAUGACUACCGCAAAAUCUCGCAGUGUGAAACCGCAAAACAAAUGUGGGAGAAAUUGGAAGUCACCUACGAAGGAACCACGCAGGUUCGGGAGGCCAAAAUUGACCAUCUCACUCACGAGUAUGAACUCUUUUCAAUGAAGGAAAAUGAGAAGAUUGAGGAAAUAUUUGAGAUAUUCUCUAACAUCAUCAAUCCUCUCAAUCUUCUCGGGAAGACAUACACCGACCGAGAGCUCGUGAGAAAGGUGGUUGAAGAGAGGAACAAGAGGUCUAUUGCUCUACCCGCAACAACAUCAACCCACAACAACGUUGAUGAUGAAGAUGAUGACAGCGACGACACCGACCUCGGACUCUUUGUCCGAAAAUUCAAGAAGAUGAUGCUCAAGAAGGGAGCCAAGAAGAACACUCCACCCAAAUGCUAUAGGUGUGGUGAAAUUGGACAAAUCAAACCAAUGUGCCCAAAGCUCAAGAACGAGAAGGUCAAGAAGGCACCGAAGAAGCAACGUGCCUACAUUUCUUGGGAGAACGACGGCUCCGGGAGUGAAGACUCGGAAACGGAGGAAGUGGCCAACUUGUGUCUCAUGUCCAUUGAAGAUAGUGAUACAUCAAAAGAGGUAAGUGAUCAAGAACCUUCUCCCAAUGAUCCUUAAACUCUUAAUGAUGUUGUUUGCAUUGUAGAAAAUUUGGCACAAGUUCAGCAACAAUAAUGGUUGUAAUAGCAUGCCACCCAGCAACAAGCUAAGGUAGAGCUUGUAACACCCCAAUCCGUAUAACCCGGAAUUACACGAAUUAAGGUGAAAUGAGAGUUAAAUAAAAAUUUCGCUUGACAUUUGAAAAUGACAAUUACUUAUAAAUAUUAAAUUUACAGACUCUGGAUCGCGACCCAUUUAAAAAUAUUUUCAGAGUAAUGCGGAAGUACAAUAAUAAUUAAAUCAUGACACAUUUAAAAUCUUCGAUGAUCAAACAUUUGCCUGCCAUCCUUGCAUCUCCUCUGACUCAAUGCCCUCCGGGAGUGGUUCUGUCAUUGUCCUCUUGUUACCUACGUGUAGUCAACGAAAAAUACAAACUACACGCUCAACGAAAUCGCUGAGUGGUACCACGCUAGAAUUGUAGAAUAAUUAACAGACAUAUACAUAUACAUAUAUAUACGUCCACAAGGUGUAUAAUAAUAUUCAUGAUAUGGCACAUUAUAUCAUAUGAUCAAUUUGAUGAUUCAUGAUGAUAAAUAUUUAUUGAUAAUUAAAUGAUGACACAUUAAUUUGCUUGUUCGUGAGGACGAUUACAUGACACUGAUGUAAUAGAUAUAAUUGUUCUUGAUGAUGAUUACAUGAAACCUAUGUAAUCAAUAUAUUUGUUCUUGAUGAUGAUUACAUAACACCUAUGUAAUCAAUGUACUUGAUGAUGAUGACAUGAUGCAUGAUUCUAAGUCAACAAGGACGACCCUUGCAUUGUGAAAUUCACCCAUUUGAUACGACGAACUCAGCGGCCUUAGUCUCACAAGGGAGACUAGAAAAAUAGGGGUGGUACUCGAAAGCCUGGAUACCAUGUACGUACACUAAGCCCGGUCAGUGAUGUCGGACU